CACUGCUGAGCGCAAGCCAACUACAGUAUGGCCCCAUCUCCUGAGAAACAAGCUAGAAUGGUGUAGUUAAGGAUGUGUUGUUGAGAAUUGUUUUCUUCUCUGAGAACCUUUGAAGUGCCAGAGAAGCCGUCACUGGACUAUUUCUUCGGCGAGGAGAAUAUCUUGUGACUUUGAAGGGGACCUGAUUAAGUGUUCCUUUAUGCCUGUUUCUUCUGCCUGUGGAUUAUUUAUGACCACCACUCCUCAGCCUUUAUGGCUUCAGCUACAGCUACUUAUGGACAGAAGGAGUCCUCAGACCAGAACUUUGACUACAUGUUCAAGAUCCUCAUCAUUGGAAACAGCAGUGUGGGCAAGACCAGCUUCCUGUUUCGCUACGCGGACGACUCCUUCACACCGGCCUUUGUCAGCACGGUGGGAAUCGACUUCAAGGUGAAGACCAUCUACAGGAACGACAAGAGGAUCAAACUACAGAUCUGGGACACGGCGGGGCAGGAGAGGUAUCGCACCAUCACCACCGCUUACUACCGAGGAGCCAUGGGCUUCAUCCUCAUGUACGACAUCACCAAUGAGGAGUCGUUCAACGCCGUGCAGGACUGGUCGACUCAGAUCAAGACAUAUUCCUGGGACAAUGCCCAGGUCCUGCUGGUGGGUAACAAAUGUGACAUGGAGGACGAGAGGAUGGUGGCAGGGGACCGGGGCAGGCAGCUCUCUGAACACCUGGGGUUCGAGUUCUUUGAGGCCAGUGCCAAGGACAACAUAAAUGUGAAGCAGACGUUCGAGCGGCUGGUGGAUAUUAUUUGUGAAAAGAUGUCCGAGAGCUUGGACGCCGCUGACCCUGCCGUCACUGGAGCCAAACAAGGGCCUCAGCUGACCGAACAGCCCACACCCCCCCACCAGGACUGUGCAUGCUAAAGCUUGGCGAACCCCACCUCAUCCCACCGUCAACCCAUUAUCAGGUCCCUUCACCAACCCAACGCUAGCCCUUCCUUCCCGAUGCCCCUAUUAGUCCACAUGAGUGAUACUCACUCUGGUCCUCCCUUGACCAUCCUUUCUUCUGCUCCUCUUACUUGGGUCCUCUCUGUGGUCUUAAAGUAUGGACCUGAAGCUCUCUAUCCAUCGUGUAGCUUUUUCUCCUCUCAAACAAAUGCUUUCCGGAUGUCAGCCUUUGUUGGGGUCUGAUGGAAAUCAGCCAUUUCAUUAUGUUUUCCCAAUAAGAAGUCAGUCAUUUGAAAAGAGAUUGCUGAUAUUGAAGCCUAGUAGUACAUAUAUGCUGGUCCUUCCUCUCUUUGUGAAAUACUGCAUAAGUAAACGUUUGAUUUACAUCAGUAAUUGGUUUAACAUAAUUCCUCAUUACAAUCUAGUAUUUCUGUCCAAUCUUUACCAUAUAUUUGUACCUUUUUCUUUGUUAGAUCAUUUCAUGCAUAACAACAAAAAAGCAAGGAAUAUGCAAACAAAAUUGAUUAAUCUAAAGAACCCAGAAGAGAUGGAUCUUUAUUUAUUACGUGUUUUAAAUGUGUAUGUAAAUAAUAGUAAUAAUAAUAAUAAGUAUAUGAUGUCCAAGUUACACAUUUCAAAAAAAUAGAUUUUUUUGUAAGUAUAAAGAUCUACAGAGAGAUAUAUGAAAGAUCUCUGUUGUAGAUUUUCUAUAAAUUAAUGUGCAGUAUUGUGCAUAACUUUUAGGCACCUUGAAGUCAAACUAAGGACAUUAAUUUGGGUAGUAAGUAUUUUUAUUAAAAAUAAUAAUAAUAUAUAUACAUGAAUAUAAAUAUAAAUUAUAUAUAUAUACACACAAAUAAACACAAUCCAAAUAAAUUACUUUUGUUCGACCUUCCAGGUGCCUAAGGCGUUCAGUACGGUUUGUGUAAUGUUACUGUCAUCCUCAUUUGGACGUGUUAUUUACUUGGAUUCCCUUUAGCUUUUGCCAAAGCAUCAGCGACUCUUCCUGGGGUGCAUAUAAAACAUGACAAGUAAAGCACUUUCAAGUAAACAAAAUACAAUUAAAGAAAUGCAACAGUAUAAAGAAAACAAACAAUACAACUGGGUUGUGUGUGUGUGUGUAUGUGUGUGUUAGAGUGUGUUUUUCUUUGUAUUUUCUAUGUCUGUGUAUGCAUAUUAGCAGCAGUCCCUGUUGUUCCAUGACAUGUUGUUUUAUAUGUUCUGUUUUUCUUGGGUAUUAAGGGACAGUUAACACAAACUAUAGUAAUAUAUUGAUUGUCUUACCCUGUAAAAGGUCUAUGGACCCGGUGUAACUGAAGUCCAUGCUUUGAUUUAAUUCCCCUGGCAAUGUUACAGCUUUUGGAGCAAAAAUCCCAUUUUAAUCUUGGAACCAAUGUUAUAAUAUUUGACCAAAUCUUCCAAAGGGAUUUAAAGUUGUGCAGCAUACCAAAAUCACAUAGCUGAUUUCCUCAUAAGCCAUAAAAAACAUUAAGAUGGGUCCAAUUACUUAAUUUGAUAAAGGUUUUAGCAUUUGUCGACAGUCUUGCCAUGGAAAAUGUGCCAAAACAUAGAUUGUGGUCAUACCUUGUACACAGGUUACAGGGUAAGGAAACCAAUAUGUCUUCUUUUAAUCAAUAUUUCAUCUUUUAACUAUCCUUUGUAGAUAUAAGGACAUUCCCAUGCAAUCAUGACUCUGUAUAACACUAUCAUGAAACAGAAUUUUAUUUUUUGGACACAGGGACUGAAUGUCUUGGCUUUUUCUACCCCUCAGAUACGCAAAUACACUUAGCAACAUUAAUGCUAAUUUGCAGGGACAGAGGGUGAAGCCACGGAAUCAUAGCAUAGCUGCAGCAUAUUAGCUCAGCUCAAUGUUUACACCCAUUUCAAUUGUAAUUUGUAGUUUUUUUUUAAUAAUUAACUGCACUGUGCAUGCUAUUUUAAGAGGUGGUAUUUGGCAACGAAUAAAUUGAAAAAGAAUUGACUGCUCAUUUGAGAUAAAAAAAAAUAUCAAUCAUACCAUCAAAAAUCCUGUACAAUAACAUCAGUAAUCAAACAACAUUUUUGAUCAGGUUGGCUUUUUUUGUUGUCAAAGGCUGUUUUUGUACCACAGCCUAUAAAACUGUUGAAUGCUUAAUGCAAUUACGGCUAACAAUCUAGUCUGUAACAAAACAGACACGAACAAUAUUGGAAUGGACAUUAAACAUCAAAUGUACAGACUAAAUUGCUAACUAUAUUACCUUAUAUAUUUCAAUGAUGGCUUUUAUUUUGAAAACGAAAUUCUCAGUUAGCGCUGCCAGCAUAAUAUCCUGCUGCUAGAAGAACAGUAAUGAAGCCUUGUAUGGCCAUCACUAGUUAGCAGUGAGUGUGUUAUUUCAACAAUUUGCUAAAGCAUGUGUAAAUUUGAAAUGCUGAACUCUUUUGGGACUAAUUGAGAAUAGUUUUGUCAGCUGUUUCAUUUAGCACAAAACACAAGUGAACCUUUGUCUUUGAAUUGACAUUCAGUCUCAUUCCAGGCAAGCUUCCAUCUUAAGGAAUUUAAAUCUUACUAAUUGUAUGUGAUUGAAACCAGCAUCUCCCUUAAAUGUUUAAAUAUUUUCCUAUAUUGUUGUUGAUCAGUGGUUGGCCUAUACUAGAACAGAUGAGCGCAAAAAAACUAAUAGAUCAGUCUUUUAAGCAUCCUCAAUUGUUGAAAUUGGUGAGUUGUGUCUCACGAUAAAGAUAAUUGUUUAACAAGAACAAAAAUACAAAAGCAGUACCAACAACAUUUAAUCAGCUUGAAUUCGAGUACCUUGCGAUCGAGCACACAUUUACAACAUUAUCUUCUUCGCUUAUACUAUGACUAUUAAGUUUGCCAUCUCAGUAGGAUCCAGAUGCAGUCAUUUUCUUCUCCAAAGCUGUCUUCCUUCCUGUGAAACAAACUGUUAAAACAUUUUAGUCAUAUUUUUCAUGUGUGUAUUGUGUUGUGUUUACUCCAGGCUGGCAAAAAAGAAAGGAAAAAAAAGUCUGCAUUUGUCUUAGGCCUGCUUGUGAAUGAAAAUGUCCCUUUCUUUAACAUGAAGCAAUAUGCCGUACAACUUAACAACACAUCAAACAUAGUAGAGGUUUGCUGACAGUGAAUCUGCUAUUAGCACACAUUAUCAUCAUUUGUGUCUUGUUUUUUUCCUUUUAGGAUAUCUACGUAAACAAAAAAGUAUGGAAACACACAGGUUUUAGAAUUUUCCAUGUUGGCGAUUAAUAUAUGUGUAAUUCUUAGGUUAAUUGUCAAAGUGUGUUGGGUCGUUUUUGUUGCUGCUAAUUUGGUUGGAAUUGAAUCUAAGCCGUAAAUAUUAAAAGGGUCAAUAAUCAUGUUAAACUGACCUUUUAGGAUACAUAAAUGAAUAUAAUAAAGGUUCAGCAGAGAAAUAAACAUUGGCCUUGACUACACGUGUUGAAAUGUGUCACGAGUAUCGUUGAACUGAAGAUUUUUUAUUUUGUUGUGAAUGAGACCUUUUUUCCAAGUCAAACCUUGAUUUGCCAGGUAGCUAUGGCACUGUUAAUUUUUCAAAGACCCAAAGUGUUGCUUGUUUUGGGAAUUCAUUUUAUUUGUUGUUUUUUAAAUUGUGCAUCCACUGAACACUGUUCUGUAAAGUACCAUUGACUUGAUUUUUACUUUUUUUCUAUUGUGGGAUUACAACAGUUAUUAUAUUAUGUAGUCCUCUAAUAACAGUAAGGGAGUAUGGUGGCAAAAUGUUACAACAUCAACAUUAUAGAAUCUGCUGUAUAUGUUGUGGAAUUAAAUGACAAAAAUAAAAGUUUGUGCUGUUACAGUA